AUUCUAUUUCCUCAAAUAAAAAAAAAAAAAAGUAGAAAACAGAAGAGAACCCUACUCUUUAUCGUAAGGUUCUUGUGGGUGGCGUUGCCGAGCAGCAGAGAACACAGUAGUGAAGACAAGACAAAAAAAGCUUCUUAUUCUCCUUGUGUGUGUGUGUGUGUGUGUAUAUAUAUAUAUAACUAUGAGUUAGGGUUUUAGAGGGCAGAUAGAGAAACCACCCCCAAAAUCUUCCUCCUGGCUUUUCCCAUUCUGCGAAAGAACCUGCCAAGGUUUUCCUCUGGUAAUGCCAUUUGCUGCUUCUCGCUUUUGAAUCGGAGUUUCUGUCAGCUUUCUGAUAUGGCUACUGAAGGUGGGAAAAGCUUUGCUAGGAGAGACCGUCUCCUGGAAAUCGAAUCAAAAGUUCAAAAUUGGUGGGAGGAUGCCAAUGUUUUCAAGGCUGAAUCUCACGAAAGGCCUCCUGGGCCCGGAGAAAAGUUCUUUGGGAAUUUCCCCUUUCCGUAUAUGAAUGGCUUUUUGCAUCUUGGACACGCAUUCUCAGUCUCAAAGCUGGAAUUUGCUGCCGCCUACCACAGAUUGAGAGGUGCCAACGUGCUGUUUCCCUUUGCUUUCCAUUGCACUGGUAUGCCCAUCAAGGCAUCGGCUGAUAAACUUGCACGUGAGAUCCAAAAGUUUGGGAAUCCACCGGUUUUUCCACGUGAAGUGGAGGAGCAAGAAAUCGAGGAGCCAGAAGCUGAGGCAGAGGUUGCAAACGACGGCGCGCCUCCAGAAAAAUUCAAAGGAAAAAAGUCUAAGGCUGCAUCAAAAUCAGGUGGACAGGUAUACCAGUGGGAUAUUAUGCGUAGCUUUGGCCUCUCCGAUAAUCAGAUAGUUGAGUUCCAAGAUCCAUACAAGUGGUUGGAGUUCUUCCCUCCAUUGGCAAUGGAAGACCUUAAGGCUUUUGGCUUAGGUGUGGAUUGGAGGCGCUCGUUUGUCACGACGGACAAGAAUCCUUUCUUUGAUUCCUUUGUUAGGUGGCAGAUGAGGAAAUUGAAGUUCAUGGGAAAGAUCGUGAAGGAUCUCAGAUACACGAUAUAUUCUCCAUUGGAUGGGCAGCCAUGUGCGGAUCAUGAUAGGGCAACGGGAGAAGGAGUUCAGCCCCAAGAGUAUACCAUCAUCAAGAUGGAGGUGUUGCAACCCUUUCCUCCUAAAAUGGCAGUGUUGGAGGGUAAGAGAGUGUUUCUGGCUGCAGCAACUUUGAGACCAGAGACCAUGUAUGGGCAAACAAAUGCAUGGGUAUUGCCUGACGGGAAAUAUGGAGCUUUUGAGAUCAAUGAAACUGAGGUAUUCGUUCUCACGGAGAGAGCAGCUCUUAAUCUGGCUUAUCAGAAGUACUCUAGGGUCCCGGAGAGACCUACUUGCUUGGUUGAGCUAACUGGUAACGACUUAAUUGGCCUUAAGUUAAAGUCUCCGCUUGCGUUUAACGACAUCAUCUACGCCCUUCCCAUGUUGACCAUCCUGACAGACAAAGGUACCGGAAUUGUUACAAGCGUACCUAGUGAUGCUCCCGACGACUAUAUGGCUUUGCAUGAUUUGAAAUCAAAACCAGCCUUGAGAGCGAAGUACGGUGUGAAGGAUGAAUGGGUACUACCGUUUGAGAUUGUGCCUAUUAUUGACAUCCCGGGAUUUGGAGAUAGAGCUGCUGAAAAAGUUUGCGUGGAUCUCAAGAUCAAGAGCCAGAAUGAGAAGGAUAAGCUGGCAGAAGCCAAGAGGUUGACAUACUUGAGAGGAUUCACCGAUGGAACAAUUGUUGUUGGAGAAUUCGCGGGAAAGAAAGUCCAGGAGGUAAAGCCCUUGAUAAGGAGCAAGCUUUUAGAAACGGGUGAGGCAAUUAUGUACAGUGAACCAGAGAAGCGGGUGAUGUCACGAUCAGGUGAUGAAUGUGUUGUUGCUCUAACAGAUCAAUGGUACAUCACAUAUGGUGAGCCAGAAUGGAGGAAGCUGGCUGAAGAGUGCCUUGCUAACAUGAAUUUGUACUCCGAUGAAACGCGACAUGGGUUUGAGCACACCUUGAGUUGGCUUAACCAGUGGGCUUGCUCGCGUUCAUUCGGGCUUGGAACUCGCAUCCCCUGGGACGAGCAGUUCUUGGUUGAGUCAUUAUCUGAUUCAACUAUUUACAUGGCUUACUAUACCAUCGCUCAUCUGUUACAUAAUGAAGACAUGUAUGGAACCAGUAGAUCUCCCAUUGCACCUGACCAAAUGACUGAUGAGGUUUGGGAUUUCAUUUUCUGUGGUGGCCCAUAUCCAAAUUCAUCCGAUAUCCCUUCAUCAAUUCUUAAUAAGAUGAAGCAGGAGUUUGAGUACUGGUACCCAUUUGAUAUCCGAGUUUCUGGUAAGGAUCUAAUCCAGAACCAUUUAACUUUCUCUAUCUAUAACCACACGGCGAUCAUGGCCAAGCAACACUGGCCUUGCGGCUUUAGAGCCAAUGGUCACAUCAUGCUCAAUUCCGAAAAGAUGUCCAAGUCCACAGGAAACUUUAGAACAAUCCGCCAGGCAAUCGAGGAGUUCUCUGCUGAUGCUACACGAUUUUCUUUGGCCGAUGCUGGUGAUGGUGUUGAUGAUGCCAAUUUUGUUUUCGAGACUGCAAACGCUGCCAUCUUGCGUCUCACAAAAGAACUUGCGUGGAUGGAAGAAGUUCUGGCCGCUGACUCUUCUUUGAGGUCGGGUCACCCUUCAACUUAUGCUGACCGUGUCUUUGCAAACGAGAUUAACAUUGCUGUCACAACAACUGAGCAGAAUUACCACAAUUUCAUGUUUAGAGAAGCCCUGAAGACGGGCUUUUAUGAUCUUCAAGCUGCCAGGGAUGAGUAUAGGUUUUCCUGUGGUGCCGGGGGAAUGAACCGCGAUCUUGUGUGGCGAUUUAUGGAUGUGCAGACUCGGCUUAUCACUCCAAUCUGUCCACACUAUGCAGAGUACGUAUGGAGGGAACAUUUGAAGAAGGAAGGAUUUGUGGUUAAUGCUGGUUGGCCCGUGGCAGAAGUUCCGGAUCUAACCUUGAAGAAAGGCAAUAAGUACUUGCAGGACUCAAUAGUUCUGAUGAGGAAGCUGCUUCAGAAGCAAACUUUGGGUUCAAAAAAAGGCAACAAGAAGGCUGCACCAGUUACAACUACGACCGAGGACAACAAGCUAGUAGUAGGCCUGAUAUACGUCAACGAGCAAUUCAACGGAUGGAAAGCUGAAUGCUUGGAAAUGCUACGAAGCAGAUUUGACAAUAGUACUCGCACUUUUACCUCAAGUGACGAUGGGGAGAUAUUGGAGGCCAUUCAGAAUAGUUCUGUUCGCCCGAAUGACAAUUUCAAAAUGACCCAGAAGCUCUGUAUGCCUUUCAUGAGGUUCAAGAAGGACGAGGCGAUUGCGCUUGGGAUUGAGGCGUUGGACUUGAGGCUGCCGUUUGGGGAGAUGGAGGUUCUUGAGGAGAACUUGGAUCUGAUUAAAAGGCAAAUUGGCCUUGAAGAGGUUGAAGUCUUGUCCAUCACUGAUCCUGACGCCCUUGCUAAAGCUGGUUCUCUUGUCAGACUGAUUCAACUGAACCCUCCUUCCCCUGGAAACCCAACUGCCAUCUUCUUGAGUCCUUGACUAGGUCCCAUGAAGAUUGAUAAUGAAUUGCUUUUGGAGGAACUUGAGUGAGAGGAGCAAUAAGGCUUAUGUUAUGGAUGAAGUAUUAUUGUAAAAUGACACAUUUCUGGGAGAAAUGAUAAUGUUACAAAUGAAGGGACACAAAUUACAGUUUGUCUGUUUUGUUUUUUUGUUGUUGGGCGGAGGCUGUACUGGUGUUUAGAAUUUUGAAAAUUUUCCUGCCUGUUUUGUUUUUGAACUUCUAAGUCAUGUGCUAUCUUUUAUGUAAUUCACUUCUUAAACUGAUAUACCUGUUCUAUUACAGGAUC